CACGUGUCACCACUCACCACAGAGCCGCAUUGAGCCCAUCGUAACAUGAACAGUAGUCACUCUCUGUGGCUCUGCCGAUGCCCUGUUCAAGUCUCUGUUUCUCCGUCCAGCAUUUGCUCUUCUUUUUCUCUCUCAGCUUUUGCGUCUUGCAUUGGCUUGUUGCGUGAAAUCAGCGCGAGAAAGAAAUUAUCUUUCGGAUUCUCUCUGCCUGCAUUACCUGGAGAAAGAAAAUCGCACUAUCUCGAACUUUCUCAUCAACUGAGAAAGGAACUUCUCCAAGAAUGAUGAGAUGGGAAAGAGUGCAGGUACAACAAUACCAGGUGAUUAAUGGAGAUGCAUCAAGGCCCGGGAAGAGGUGGGGACACACCUGCAACGCCGUGAAAGGAGGGAGAUUUUUGUAUUUGUUCGGUGGUUACGGCAAAGACAACUGCCAGACCAACCAAGUUCACGUCUUUGAUACUGUUAAGCAGACAUGGAGUCAGCCAGUGAUAAAAGGCACACCGCCAACUCCGAGGGACAGCCACAGUUGUACGACUGUUGGUGACAAUUUAUAUGUGUUUGGUGGUACAGAUGGGAAGAACCCUCUUAAGGAUUUGCAUAUAUUGGACACAUCAACACACACAUGGAUUUGUCCAAGUCUAAGAGGUGAGGGGCCGGAAGCACGGGAGGGUCACAGUGCAGCACUUGUUGGAAAAAGGCUCUUCAUAAUCGGUGGCUGUGGAAAAUCUGCAGACACGAAUGUUGAAGUAUAUUACAAUGAUGUUCAUAUACUGAAUACAGAUACCUUUGUAUGGAAAUGUGCAACGACAUCAGGCACUCCUCCUUCUGCACGUGAUAGUCACACUUGCUCGUCGUGGAAGAACAAAAUCGUGGUGAUUGGAGGUGAAGAUGGACAUGAUUACUACUUGUCUGAUGUUCAUAUCCUAGAUGCAGAUACUCUUAUGUGGAAGGAGCUAAAUACAUCUGGUCAUAUGCUGCUACCUCGAGCUGGUCACUCUACUGUUUGUUUUGGCAAAAACUUAUUCAUUUUUGGGGGAUUUACAGAUGCUCAAAAUCUGUAUGAUGACUUGUAUAUGCUGGAUAUAGAUUCGGGUUUGUGGACCAAGGUCUUAACCACAGGUGACAGACCUUCAGCAAGAUUUUCUGUGGCUGGGGACUGUUUGGAUCCAGUGAAGGAUGGCGUCCUCGUGUUUAUAGGUGGUUGCAAUGAGAUUCUCGAGGCAUUGGAUGACAUGUAUUACUUGUAUACAGGGCUUAGAGAUGAGCGGAGGCCUGAAAAGUUAUCAUUGAGGAAACAAUUGAAACUAAAGUGCCAAGAACAAAAUCUUGCACCCAUGCAUGAUAACGCACUGACUAGAAUUGAGAAUAAUCCUGAUGUUCGUCAUCCCAUGGCCUUCAUGGGCUGCGGCCAACCAGGCAGGGAAAAUCUUCCAUUGAAUCAGGUGCAUCCUCUUCAAGGAAAGAAGACAUUUCAAGCCAGAGUUACUGAAAGCUUGCCACAUGGAUAUACUAUUGAAACAUAUAUAGAUGGAAAGCCCCUUCGUGGAAUAUUAUUUGCGAAUGGUCCUAGCUCUCCCAACUUGGCUAAUUUUAAUUCCUCUAGGAAAAGAGCUGGAGAAUUUGAUGGUGAUGUGUCAAAUGGUGAUCACUGUAAUAAAUCAAAAGCUUCUAGAACCCUCCAGCAGGACUCCUUGGGACACAAACAAGCAUAUAACCUGCCAGGGAAGGAUUCCUCAUUGCAGGAACCCAAGGCAGAAGCUUCUGCCGCUGCUCAAGAUUUGAAGAAUCUGGCUCCUUCUAAUAAUGUUUCUCGGCUUCCUGAGUUCCGAACAAACCCAGAAUCAUCUGUUGCUUCUUCCCUGAAUCUAAAUGAUGCUAGGAAAAAUGCAACAGAUUCCACCUCUAAAGUUCUGAAAGAGCAUUCCGACUCAUUGCAGGAUUCCAUGGCUUCAUCCUUAGGUCAAGAUGACAGGACAGCAACCUUGGGAGAUCAGAACACUCCAGCAUAAUCAGUUUGAUCGUUGAACAAUUGACCUUUCUGAAUGCUCCUUCCACAUAUCUGAACAUAUAUGAGUAGAUAGCCCCUGCCACAAGUACAUUUAUCUUGAAGGCAGUCAUAGUCACAUAGAUGCAUUUGACUGGUGAACCAUACAGAAUCUGCUCGCUAACUGAGGUGAUGCCGCCUACUAAUAUAGUCUCCAUUUCCCCUCCAAAUUUACAAAGUUUCCUUUCUAAUUCAAGCAUUUUCUAGUUUCCACAGUUAGUUAACCGUAGACAUAGCUGGUAGUUUUGUUCAAAAUGAUGUCUUCCUCGUUAGUGCUUCCGAUAAGACUGCGGUUAAAGCACAAGGAAAGAUGAUGUACAGGAAGUUGGUGAAUGUUAUGGGCAUCUUUCCUUCCUUGGAAACAAAAUACCAGAAUGUAGCUGCUUUGAACUAUUUACAGAUAUUGCUUGCAUUUCCUGUUCCCAGAGAACAGUUUGUAAAAUGCUGAAGGCUCAAAAAUUUAUGAAGUCUGCGAUAAGUUUUCCCAUUUGGCUUUGGCAAUUCGAUGGUGAAUGCAUUGUUUUGUAUGAAAUAUAAAAGAAGUCUGCAGGCCUUGAACUCCAAAUAUCUUUUACUGAAGAUUGAAACAAGGAGGUAUGUGGGACGACCUUGGCAGUAUGUGAUUGAGAGAAACAUGCUAAUGAUCUAUUAGUUAUGCUAAUUAUAAUUAUAAUAUGAAUUAUGCUAAUGAUCUAUUGGAUUCUUGGUAGAGUUUAGUAGGUAUUGUAAUUAUUUUCUUAA